UCUAAUUCGUAAAGAUCGAUGGUACAUCUCUGCACAGUUGGAAAUCACUUACUGCUACGGAAAAAAAAUUUCUCGCGAUCUGUAGGCUGAAAUUCCCUGCACAAAUUUCCCAUUUUGUCUUAGAUCAUGAUGUUUUUAGUCAUCGCCCAGUACAAAUUUGAUCCCUGCUCAUUCGAUUUGGUUAUACAAAAGUAGAAGUGCUGGUUCUCGGGGGCGAUAGGCCGUAUGUUUCUUUUGCUUGAGAGAUGACAUAAUGUUAAAACAUCCAUAGCAUAAAGAAAAAAAAAUCGGCUAUUUAUUACACCUGCCGAGAGAGAAGCGAGGGGGUAGUGAUGGCAAUGAACUGAUGGCAACGCGCAAUUUUUUAUAUUGACUGUUCCUUGAGCAAUUCUUAUUUGUAAAUUGACUCAGCUUGGGAGUUCUGUGGAAUCAUAAUUUAUUACAUUUUUUAAUUUGCAUUUGUUCAACGUACGAUUAUUAGGGCCAGGCUAUUACAGCGGCAAUAGGUAGGUAAUUUUCAAUGACACCAAUUCUUUUAAUUUAUUAAAAAAAAAAGCAAUCAUGCAAUCAAUUUAUCAGGCAUGCAGACCUGCAUACAAUACCCAAUGCUUCCGAGGCAAUUAAUUGAUGUGAUGACAGAAUUUAUUUUUAUUGUUUCUAUUUUUAUUAUUAUUAUUAUUAUUAUUAUUAUUAUUAUUAUUAUUAUUAUUAUUAUUAUUAAUGUGACUUGUACGAAAAUAUAUCAAAUUAUUAUCGUAAAGUAAAACAAUUGAUAUCUCCGCUGUAAUUAUUCAGUUUUUUACAUAGUUAUUUGAGAUAUUCAGAAUAAUUCUACGCGCGUUUUACGGCAAAAAUAGUUUGCUGACUCGCCGAUGGGAGCAGCACUUUUGGAAAACUGGUUCCGCGGGAGAAGGGGUUGAAAACGAAUAGAACUAACAUCACCAAAAACUGUACAAGCGGUGGAAAUUGUUGGCAAAACAAUUAUUGUUUUAGAAUGAAUAAUUGUUGGGAAAACAACUAAUGUUUUAGAAUCAAUUUCUGGCAUGUUUGUAGAAACAAUAAUCCUGAUAACAAGGGCAGAUCCUACCGUAAUCACCCGUAGGAUAAAAAAUGGAAGCAGCUCAUAUACCAAGAAAUUCGUAUCGCCUCUUACGAAUGCGUCUCACUGAAAAAUACAACGGCAAUCGCAACGGAUUUCUUACAGAUCUACGCUCAGCUAACGGUAAAUAAAAGCAUACAGUAUUUCAGCGCAAUUUCAAGAUGGGAUUCUCUUAUUUCGCACUCUUUUCCCGCUCAAACAGCAGGUGUUGAAGUAAAAACUGAAUAAUACCUGGAAAUCAAGUUACUAAACAGAAACAGAAAUAAAUUAUAGAUUCAUCAUUAAUUAUAAUAAUCUAGUAGAUGAAUAGCCACAGGGUGCUGAGAAAAACGCGUCAGGCGUUGUUGCGAAUAAAUGGAUUGAUGCGUCAUGGUGAUCUGUAUACGAGGAUAGUACAGUUUUCUUUUUCCUCCAAAAGUUUUAUUCGGAAAUACCAGCGACUAAUCGAGCGAUGCGAUGCGUUUAACUACGGAAAAAACAAAGAAGAGGAAGAAUUACCGGCAACGGCUGACGUAGGAAGAUUGGUUUUUAUCUUGUACAAACGCAAAAGACGAAACCCACGUUCAUUUCAAUUCCCACUGCAGGAAAGUCAAAAGUGCAUAUGGGUAAUUCCUGUAAAAUAGAUAAAAUGCGAGCAUUCUAUUCUUCAUUGAACGUAUAUUUAUUGCAGUACGUUAAUUGUUUUUAAUCUGAAAUUUAUGUAUGCAUUUCAUGAAUACAUAAUUUCAGACUCGGGAAUAUAGCAGCAGAUGGACUUGUAAGUGAAAAGAAAUCUUGAAAGAGAUUGAUCGAGUCAAGUUUCUUCAGUUUGCCUCAUAAUUUACACUUUAUGAACCAACUAUAAUAUGAGAAACAACUUUUGCCGGAAGCAUUUCUCCGCAUCUUCAUAAAAGGCUGCAUUGAACGGCAUUAUAACAGCAAAUAAUAUGUAAAUUGCUGCAGAGGUGUGAUACGGUGUUAUAUUUUAUGCACACAUGGCUACAUAUAAGUUACAUGUACUAUACUGUAGUUCAUUCAAUACUGGCAUACACGUGGUACAAAAAGGAUUUAUAAUAAUAUUUAUGAGUGUUUGUAAAACUCUUACAGAGAAAAACCUUGCAAACGUUAGUUGUAUAUCUCGUGAGACGAGGCUUUCUCCCUCUCCUUCGAUGUUGAGUUCCUCUAAAGUUCGUUCUUCUCCGAUUCUCAUUUAUACAGUUAAGGAUUAGCGCUCUCAAAGGAAACAGGCACUUUGACUGCUCCCGCGCGUACCUCAACAGUUAUCAUUUUCUGAUAUACUUUUAAUAAUCUCACAAUCAGGUCAACCGGGUAUGAUCUCGUGAAUUUUUUCAAGUGGAAAUUAGAUUCUGUCAUACCGGAAGAAUCAGUGUUCCAAGUGUUUUCAAGGAGAUCCAAUACUUCCAAAUUUUCUGCAGAUUUAAUUCAACUGUAAUCAAGGCAACGAAAUCAUACCGGAUACCAUAUAUAUCCAAAAAAUAUACCAGCAUACAAGGAAAUGAGGUGAGGGUCGCGAUAUCUGGUGCUGAUGUUAAAACUAAGACUGUUAUCGAAUGUAGAAUAAUGGUUUGGCGAUAAAAGGAAAUACGCCCACCGUUUAGCCGAUUUUGAAGAAUUAUUGAAAAUCAAAUAGAAGUUAUGGAGCUGGUUUUAUCACCCGGAAGACUAGGAGGCGGAGAUAAGAACGGAUCUCCUUUUCAUAAUGAGGAAGUACGGGAGUGGUCGCACGUCGAUCGUCUAACUGGGAUGCUGGAGCAUGCUAGAAUUGAGACGGGUCGGUGGCAAACGCGGCAUCUAGGGUCAGCCCAGGCCUAUGGAAAGGUUAUAGAUUCACGGGAGCGCAACUCGGCCGAUGGAAAUGUGGUGCAGAAAGCAAGACGACAAGUCGAAGUUUUCCAAAGUCAAGGAAUCGGAGGAAGAUCCGUUCAAGUCGUUAGAGCUUCUCAAUGGUCUUCUUCUAGAAUUACAGGCUCGAAUUCUACCAGCCCCGUUUCCGUAUCGACGAACGAGACCCAGUUCAGAAACGGAAAUACUGAUGAUUUGGUGCUACAAGCUUCGGGGAAAUCGGUUUCCGGGAGACCGAUGCAAAUACAAAAUAGCGGAGGCGACGAGAGUCUAGCGAAGUUGUCUCAAGUCUCGCGAUUAUGUCGUCAGAUCAAUGCUGAGGCAAUCAAUAAACGAGCGAAUAUUCAUUCGGCUGCUACAAGCAACAAACCGCAAAUGAUUCACGCGUCUCCCUUACUCAACAGCAGAUUCAAGAGGCUCGAUAUUAGCAAUGAGAACGUUAAACAAACUUCGGGAUUUCUCCAGAACACAAAUUCAACCUUCAAAACUACUUCGAACGAGGAUCUCACGAAUUCCAUCGACAAUAUCAAAACCCAUACUAAAUUCAGCAGGGACUGCAAAGCCAGACGAUCUCUUCAGAUUCAAAAAUCUAUAGACAGUUCUUCAGCUCCGGAGAAAUCGACGGAAAAACAAGAGAUUAUCCCCUUGGGGUUUGGAAGGAUUGAAAAUAGCAGCGUCUCCAAUGGAGAUUUGGGAUUUGGAGAGUCAAGAAGCCCGAGAACUAAUUCUACGUCUAGUUCUGAUUCGGAUCAGGAAACAUGUGUGGUAAAAAAUGAAAGAAAGGCGAUGAAGUCCUACGUUCUUGGGAUGAGUGAUACGGAUAACGAUUUAAUUACGUCGUCCAACUUGGCAGUUUCGGAGGAUAAAUUUCCGACAGAACAGUCCGCAGAUUUGGAGAACGGCGUGGGAAUAUCGAAGUCAGAAUAUUUAAGACCCACCGCAAUUUUAUUGAAGCCAAAAACUAUCCAGCCAGUGCCCACGGUGAUAGGAAAACCCAAUAAAACGGUCGUUCACCUGAAUAAUAAACUUACUAUCGAGAAAAAGACGGAUCAGUUGCUGUCUAAUUCACUAGAAAAGAGUUUAGUAACGGGAAAUUUGAUUCGUCCGAUUGCAGGUAUGCAAUCAAGAGUGCAAUCUCUAGCGGAUAGAUUUUCGAACCGUAACAACAACUUUAUCUCCAACGCAAAUGAGUCCAUGCAAAUGGACGCUCAGAGUUCUUUUUUAAUCGGUAGAAAACAGUCGUUCGAUUCCGCCAGUAGAAUAGAAAGUCUGAUAAGUCGAUCAACGGCGAUGAUCGAAGGGCCGUCGAAUACGGCCGAUGAAACUGAACCAGUUCUGCAGGUGCAACAAACUCGAGAUAAAAAAUUACUUUCAGACGAUCAAAGCAGCUCGGUAGUAAGACCUGUGAAAAAAGUUGGCUUUUCUAAAACCGAAGUUCAUUUUGCGGCCGAAUCCGGUAAGGUGAAUAUCGUGGAAACCGAUUGCAAACCACCUCCAUCGAACAGGUUCAGAAGACGGAGGCGUAACAGCCUCGUCGCGACGAACGGAACGAUGCCGAUUAACAAGAAUUUACCGCUAAUUCAUUUCGGGGACACUUCGUACGAGAAAUAUAUAUUUGGUCAAGGAAAUAACGGCGGGUCUAUAAAGUCGGAUUUUAUCCCGAAGGAUAAUAAACUACCCGGAGAGGUUGAAGAACCGGAUUUGUCCGCGCAUUUCCAAAUUGCAGAAAUAAAAAACGAUAAUGAUCAGAAAUUGGUGGCUCCUGCGGAAGAUAUUAUAAAAGGAGGAUGGGGAGCCAGGAUUAAAACUAUUCUACAGUCCGAUCCAGAAUUAUCUAUUGACGAUAACGGUCUUGGAUUAAAUACGGCUGAUAAAAAGUAUGACGCUCUUGACGAGACGAUCGUUGACCAUUCUUUCAAAGGACAUACGACAACGGUCAAUCUUGGUGCUAACUCGAUCUCCAAGCAGCUGCAGAAGCAUAGAAAUGGAGGCAAAUGCAAUACUAUAAGCACUGGAAUUCAACUACAGUUCAGUACUAAAAUUGAAAAGUUGCGGCCAAUAAUUACGUCAAACAAUAUAGUAACAAUUGCCGCGGCAAAGAAAAGCCUGACAAAGAUAAUACCGGUGGAAAAGACUAAUACUCCUUCACCCAGCAUCGUCUCCAAGAUACCUCGACCGUUAAUUCAAGCUCAACAAUCGGUCCUCAAAUCCGCACACUUAGUCAUGAACCUAAAUAGAAUUAACAAUUUCAAAACUUUUGUUGCAAACAGUUCGGAAAAUGAGUCAUCUUCUACUAACUCUGAUAAUAAUUCCUCAAAUUUCAAAAAUCAAUUAUCCUCCUUCCACAACAAUUGCACGGAAAUGGUUACGUGCCAUAGACACUCUCAUCGGGUAGACGUCGCGAAUAAUAAUCAUGAAAGAAACACACCAACGAUAACUGUGAAUAGCAAUAAUAAAAUCAAUUAUCCAACCCGCUUUAUACCCCUUCGAAUAAAACAUUUCAACGAACGAGAAACAACGCCACGUGAAAUAGAAAAGAAAGUAGAUGAGGUCGUGUGCAAUGAAGACACCAGGGAAAAUCAACAACUUCAAUACAGUUCCGGAAGUGAACAAGCCGAUGAAGAAGUUCGAUCCUACAUGCUUGGAACGAAAACCGAUCGCAAGGAAAUUAUGCAGACUCAAAAAUUUGCUAACUCCGUUACCAUGGAAGAAAAAUGGAGCGUUCAGAAUUCAGAAGAGCACUUCGGUGCUCGUCGUACGAUCAGAGAAACGAGGAUCAGUAAUGAUGAUUGCAUAGAUAAACCUGUAGACCAAAAUCACAUCAUCGGGUUAUCGAUCGAUGACAACGACGAUGACGAAUUGGACAUUGUUAAUUCUGGUCUCCCUGCUGUGGAAGAAAUGUGUUUUGAACCGAAUAAAACGGUUGAAAAAAGUCUCGUCACAGAUAAAUUAGUGGCAAAUGAAAGUAAUAUUGUGACAACUGACAAUGAAAACAACAAGGUAUUGUUGAAUAUCGUUAAAACCCAUGAGCCUAUCAUCGCAAGAGUUGAAGACAGACUCCGUUCGCCCGAAGUUGGAAGAAAGUUAUUUGCCAUCAAAAAAUUGAGGUCCCACAAUUCGAUGCAGCAACCAGAGAGAAACGAGAAGGCUCGUAGAGAAAUAACAGCACAUCAAACCAGCGUGAACAAGUCAUAUUUAAUGAGCUCAACUAAAACUAGGAUAAAACCCAAAGCCAAAGAUCACUGUGAUGACAAAAAUACGAAAGAAGUCACCAAUGGUUCUAACGAUGAUUCGAAAACGACUGAUCCAACAUACGUGAACAUAUUUGAAAAUGAAAAGCAAAAUGUUCCGAUUUAUGAAAACUACAACGUUGAACGUAAAAAAAACCUGAUGGAUGAUAAAUAUCUGAAAACCAAUAAUCAUAACGGUGAUAUCAAAGUUUCCGCAGAAUUUAAAACUCUUACAGAUGCAACGAUUCAAACAUCUAAUAGUCAUUAUGAUACGGAAACAACAUUAUCAAACACAGAUUGUGAGGGGAAAAAUUUGAAACAAUAUUCAAAUACGUCAAGAAGUUCAGACAUUGCACAGCUCACUACUAUUACGGAAAAUAAUUCAAUAAAACGAACUAAUAUUGAUGGCCAAAAAAUAAAACUCAGCAAAACUAGGAGCAAAAAGAUACCAAGACCACCAUCAUCUACGUCUAGCAUUGAGAGUAUCCAUCGGAGUUCCGGUUAUGAAACUGCGAAAGAAAGCCAAGCUAGAUCUUUGCACAACAGAUCUACACGGUCGAGCAGAUUGCAUAGAGUGUGCAAUAAUCGCGAGACGUCGGGAAACGAGAGCAGCGAGAGGUACUCGUCUGCAAACGAAAAGAAGAAAAAUUCGAGCGAACAAAUUACGAAUACGAGAACAUCCCGUUCAAAUCAUUCAGCUGAUUCGUCAACGGCGACAAGAAAUUUGAACGGUAGUACAAGAUCAAAAAAGCCAAUCGAAAUAGUAUAUCAGACGGCGGUAUAUAACAUGAAAAAUGAGAAGCUUUCCAAAUCAAGGUCUAAAGAAUCAAAAACUCCUCGAUACAUAAAUGAUCUCAUCUGUGGAAGUAAGCCUGCGAAACGUUCUACCGAUGUAAGACACGUCAAAGGACCUGCACCAUCUCAGCAGCGUGGCAACCACAAGAGCGCAUCUCCUACUCACAGACAUUGGAAGUGAAGCAAGAAACGGAUACACAAGCACAGAUUUAUAAAAGUUCCUUCCGUCUUUGGACACUUCAUAGCUAGUAUUAGCAAUUAAUUCAGCAACUUGUUGCAAUGAUAUUAUUUUUAGAACUAAUUUAAAUCGAAACACUUGCAGCCUACCGUAAGCAAAUAAUAGUUCCUUAAAAACAAAUAAGCUAUAGCUAAUGUCUCGAUUCUCGAGAAGCUUUAUAUCAAUAAACGGACAUGCAUUCUUGUAAUUGAUAAA